GCGGCACUCGCAGAGCGCUGAGGGCCCGGGACUGAGCUGCCUGUGGCGACUUCGCAGCGUCUCUAAACAAAGCCUUCCAUCGCUUUAUUUUAUUUUUUUAAUUUGUUUUUUUUUUUUUGUGGUAUAUUUUUCCGCCUCGCUGAUUGCUUGGCCCGGGCCGAUUUUGUUGCUUUACGGGGAUAAAAACCCUGCGAGCCGUUGCUUUGUGCGCCCUCGUCCUGCCCCAAACCAUGGUGAUGUUCAAGAAGGUGAAGAGCUUCGCGGUGGCCUUCAGCGAGCCCGACAAGGUGUACUGCAGCGGGGACAAGGUGGCCGGGCGUGUGCUGGUGGAGGUGGCCGAGGUGACCCGUGUCAGUGCCGUCAAGGUGCUGGCGUGUGGCGUGGCCAGGGUGACCUGGGCCAAGGGCCCGGCGCAGUGCCGGCAGGAGAUGGAGUACCUGCGCUUCGAGGAUGUGCUGGCCCUGGAGGAGCAGCCCACGGAUGAGGACGGCUCCGUCAUCCUGAGACCUGGCAACAAGUACGAGUACAAAUUCGGCUUUGAGCUGCCCCAGGGGCCGCUGGGCACCACGUUCAAGGGGAAGUACGGCUCUGUGGAUUACUGGGUGAAGGCGUCUCUGGAGCGCCCGGCCUGCCCCACACAGCAGGUGAAGAAACGCUUCGAGGUGAUGGAUCCUGUGGAUGUGAACACCCCGGAAUUGCUGUCUCCAGUUGCAGCCAAAAAGGAGAAGAAAGUGUCGUGUAUGUUCAUCCCCGAUGGACGGGUGUCUGUCAGCGCCCAGAUCGACAGGAAGGGCUUCUGUGAAGGUGAGGAUUGGUGGGAACAGGGAGCUGGGGAGCCAGGAAGGAAACCCCCAGCAUCCCUAACAUCUGGAAACCCCAGCAUCCCUAACAUCUGGUUCCUUCCCUCGGCAGGCGACGAGAUCUGCAUCAACGCCGACUUUGAGAACACCUGCUCGCGCAUCGUGGUGCCCAAGGCGGCCAUCGUGGCCAAGCACACCUACCUGGCCAACGGCCAGACCAAGGUCUUCUCCCAGAAGCUCUCCUGUGUCCGAGGCAACCACAUCAUCUCCGGUACCUCGGAGUCUUGGCGUGGCAAAACCAUCCGCGUGCGGAAGCUCAAACCCUCCAUCCUGGGCUGCAACAUCCUGCGUGUGGAGUAUUUCCUGCAGAUCUACGUCAGCGUGCCAGGCUCCAAGAAAAUCAUCCUGGAGCUGCCGUUGGUCAUUGGGAGCCGCUCCGGCAUCGGCAGCCGCAGCUCCAGCAUGGCCAGUCAGACCAGUUCUGAGAUGAGCUGGGUGGACCUGAACCUCCCCGAUGCUCCAGAGGCCCCCCCGUGCUACCUGGACAUCGUUCCCGAGGAUCACCGGCUGGAAAGCCCCACCACGCCGCUGCUGGACGAUCCCGACGGGUUCGACAGCCCCAUCUUCAUGUACGCGCCGGAGUUCAAGUUCAUGCCUCCCCCCACCUACACGGAGGUGAGCCCGGCAGCGGCACGGGAGCAGGGGCCGGGUGGAUCUGGGAUCACCCGCCUGGAUCCCUCACCCUCAUCCUGCUCCGCCGCCCAGGUGGAUCCCUGCAUCAACAACAACAACAACAACAGCAACAACAACGUCCAGUGAGCACCGCAGCUGGGCUGUGCCGCACACCUGCAGCACAUCUGGCCAGUACACCUGGAGAAGGGGACUGAGCUGCUGCAUUCCCGGGGAACCGCCGAAUUCCCGAGGAGCCGCCGCUCGUCCCGAGAGCCUCGAGGAAAAUUGAAAAUUCCCCAGAAAACCCUCAAAAGGAUUUGGGGAAGGGGGGGACUCGAGGCAAAGCCAGCUGGGGAACAGCAGGAAAAACUCAGCUGUCGGGACACAAACGCUGCCUGUCGUGACAUGUGGUGGCAGGAAAUGGUGGUUUGAAUUAAUUCCAUCCUGAUUUUCUAACUCUGGGUGCUGCUCUGGCUGCCCUGCACUCCCGCCCGGGGAGGAGGUGGGGGGGACGCUGUGACAUCACGAAUCCGUCCUGUCGUGACACAGAGCUCGCUAUCGCGACCUUUUGUACUCUUGGGUUUUGUACAUAGUGUUUGGGGGUGGGGGGAAGCACAAAAAUGCAAAUUUUGUACCUUUUUUGUGGCCCCUGGGGGGCAAAGUUUGUAAUAAACUAAUGAAAUGGU